AAGAGGUAGGCCAGAGGGAUAUGAGAGGCAGAGAAGAGAGCAUAUUAGAGGAAAAUGGUGGUGGCAGAAAAGAGCUUUAUCUUGGGCAACAUUUCCUCUAGUCUAUUUGCAAAGAAAAAUGGCAGAAGCUUUAUUAUCACACUGGCCAAAAAGAAAGAUUUGCCUGAGACUUCAAAAACCCAGCAAAGAUCCAUUCUUCCAUUAAGAAUUUCAAGCACAUUUCUUGGUCAAUCUGGCAUUGCUGUUUUUGGAUUGGGAUUCAUUGAUGCUGGGUACAGUGGAGACUGGUCAAGGAUUGGGGUGAUCUCAAAAGAGAGUGAAGACUUGAUAAAAGUUGCUGCCUUCAUAGUUGUGCCAUUGUGUUUGUUUCUCAUAGUGAAGUUGUCCAAAGAGAGAGAGAAUUAGGAUUAUUGAACUGGGUCUUGACUAGUUUUUAAAUCCCAAGUGAACUCUUGUAUGAAAUUCCAAUUUAUUUGAGAGGAAAAGAAAAAAAAAAAUGUCAAA